UCGGUAAGCAACAAAGGAUCUGAAUGGUGGCUUGGGUUUGAAUCUACUUUUGAUUACUCCCCACAUUAAUUUGUAGGUGAGAGAGAUGAUCUCAACUCCAAAGUCUCCAAUUUAGGUGAGAAGAGGCAGCUGCAUAGGGUUUCUACUCUGACGACGAUGGCGAUGGAGGAAACGGCGGCGACAAGCGGUGUUGUUCCCAGCGAGAAAGUUAACAGCUUUAUUAUUCAUGUGAAUGGAUCUGAGGACACUGCUGCUUCUGCGAGAUCUUCUUUACUUUGGGAAAAGGUUAGGAACUUUUUUACUCUCCUGAAUGGACCUAAGGACACUGUUUCUUCAACAUGGACGGGCUUGGCUUCUUACUUUGCAGCUCUUAUGCAACAGUGGAGGGAUAAAAUUAUCUAUUGUAUGGUGCAGCGAUGGAUUGUGGCAUUUUGUUUGGCAGCAGUUUACAUGUAUCGAGCAAUUUUUAUUGGUGGACUUGGUUUAGUUACCAUUAAUUGUGUGCUUUGGUUGAUGUUUUUCCUGGAAAAAUAUCUGUCAUCUCCGGACCUACCUCACUUUAUGGUUCAUCCUCUCCCUGUACUUUCCCAGGCCGAAUGCAAGCCCUUCGUUCGCGAACUCCGAGAGUAUGACUUCUGGACCUACUGGAUGAGGAUUACUGUUAGCCCCUUGACGGUUGUCCAAGGGAAGACAUGGGCAUUUCAAGGCCAUGCCAUGUCUUGGGAAUACUUUGGCUUUGGUUAGACAGCCAUUAGGAUUGCUCAGGGGAUUGUCAGUGUGCACAAGAUGCUCAGCGUGCACACAAGAUGCUUAAAAGGAUGCUCGGCGUGCACUGGGGGUGCCCAGUGGCACUUUCGUAAAUAUGGCGAAAAGUGAAACUUGGAGUUUUGACUCGGGAUCUUUAUGGGAGGUACCUUGAGUCCAUAGAAGCUGGUUGGCACAGACGGCACUCAAUUUGGAUAUUGGGAAAGGCCUGAAAAGCCAUUAUGACUCCUCAAGCAUGGGUGAUGUUUACUCCUGUCAGAGUGUUGGAUUUCCUUAAGACUAUACUAGGGGGGGUCUGUUGAGCACAUCGGUUGGGCUAUGGCAUGGCUUGCUUAGAGGACUUAACCAGCAUGCAUGGGCACGUGUUGCACCACUCCAAGAUGGUUGCACAAGUGGGGAGCAUCCAAGAUAUUGAAGGGCAAACAAGUGGGCACCGACACGCGCGCUGAUAUGCAGCGGCGCAUGUGCGGGCGUGCAGGUGGGCGCGCGGGUAGGCGUCCAACCUAGUGUGCGCGAGCGUCUAGCUCGGCGUGCGCAUGGGCGUCCAGGUGGGUGUACAGCCACGGGCGCAUGAGGGUUCAAACAUGGCGCGUGAAAAAGGGCAUUAGUGUGUGCGCCGGCGUGCACUUUGGUGUACACCCGAGCGUGCGCAUGGGCGUGCAUGGCUUGGCACGCCGUGCACUCAGAGACAUAUAUAUGUGGGUGCAGAUUGGUGGACUUGGCUUGGGCUAGGUUCACAAGGUUAACUCAGAUGUGGCUAGAGCAUGGAUAACACAAAGUCAUGGCUUGCGGUUACAAGAGGUGGUGGCUUAGUGGGCUCGGUCGGUUGGGGGAAGUUACUAGCACUUCCCACUCACCAUGGGAAGUAGGGGAGUGCUGAGUAACCUCCCAAGCAUGUGGCACAAUUCUGAGAGGACCAACACACAGGCAGUUAAGGGUGGUUUCUUCCACUAUGCAGAAUGUAACUUCUUGUGGUUAUGUGGCAUGAGCAGAACAUGCCAACAAGUCUAGCAGUUGGGCUUGUCAACUGCAUUAUAGUGCUGGCACAUUUAGAGGGUGCCAGCACGACCCUAGGUGGAUGGGGGUGUCAUCCAUCAUCUUAGUGGGCAGUUAUGGGCGGUUUUGAGAGUGGCCUAUAUAAUGCUAAAGUGGGAUUUGUAGAGGGAACAGAGAGGAGGGUGUGAGCCUUGGUUGUUCCUUGUACGAACUCAUGUUCCUUUGUAAUAUGUUUAAUAUGAGCAAAGGUUGGGGCUUGUACCUGUAAACUGUGUGUGC